CCUUACUCCAUGAUCGCCAGCCGCCAGCUGGGACGAGACACCUACAAGGAGCGCUUCGUCUGUUUCUACAGAGAGGCUGAUGUGACCCUGAAGGCCGUUCAUCAGUAUGAAGACAAUCAACCUGGAGAUGUGGACGCGUUCGCCAGAGAGCCCUUCAUCCUGCACUUCAGCUGUCCUUCUACAAAGGUGAAGGACCUGGUUCUGAUCCCCGUCCACACCAAACCCACGGACACGCUGAAGGAGCUGGACGAGCUGCAUGACGUAGUCAGUUCUAUCAAGAAGAAGUGGAAAACUAAUAAAAUUAUGAUUUUAGGGGACUUUAAUGCAGAUGGACGUUAUCUCUCCAAGAAGAAGAAGGCAGAGAUCCGCAUCUGCUCUGCUGACUAUCAUUGGCUGAUAGACGAUGAUGUCGACACAACGACUAGUAACCUUAACGACCACACCUACGACAGGAUCGUAGUUCAUGGAAAGACCCUGCUGAACGGCGUCGUCCCCGGCUCGGCCAAGUCCUUCAACUUCCAGACAGCGUUCAACCUGAAGGACAAAGAAGCUCAGAGAAUCAGUGACCACUACCCUGUGGAGGUGGAGCUGAAGAACCUUCAGAGACCCAGAGCACCGAAACGAAAGAGGACAGCGUCCCCUAAAGGACAGAAGAGAGUACAACAGAAGAAGAAGAAUAUGACAGGAAAAAGGAAGAUUGGACCGUCAUCAAACACACCAGCCAAGAGAAAACGUUAGGACAAAAGACGAAGGACAGACUUCAAGAUCAUUGAACGCAUUAUCAGAGUUAUAUACAGCAUGUAUUCUUCUAAUAAUAUGAAAAUUGACUUGAUUGUAAUGUUGAAUUAAUUUAGUUUGACUUCUCUUUAACAGUUUUAAUAAUUAAAUCAUGUUUUAAACAUU